AUCUCUCUCAAGUUCCACACAUUUCUGGAAGAACCACCAAACCAUGUCUAUCACACCCGGCACAUAUGAGAUCACCUCCAUGGUGAAUGGCCUCCACGUGGGCCGUCCGCUUGCAGAGGACAGAUCGUUGCUGCCAAAGCGCAUCCGCGUCCUGCCCGAAGGCAACAACUUUGGCAACUCUUGGGUCGUCGAGAAAGACGAUGACGCAUACAUCCUUUACUGCAAGGGAGCCCCGGUCGCACCCCAGGAGGGGAAGCUGUUCGCCGAUCUCUUGGGCAAUAUGCACGACAAGAAGUGGAUCGUAACCCACCAGCCCCAGCAUGGCGAGAACGUCUUCACCGUCGUGAAUGCCAGCACUGAACAUGGCUGGGUAGUCCCUGCUGAUGCCGAGGAGAUGCAGCAAGUUGAAGUAAGGCCCUUGAUUGCGGUCCCGUCCUAUCCCCCUCGCUACCCUGCCACCGAGCUCUUCACCUUCACCCAAGUCGAAAGUGACUAGGCCCAUUGCCGAAAUGCAUUACCCCUCGAGAACAACUCCACGCCUCGAACGACAUUGGACUUGAAUGUAUGUUUAUCGUGGAUGUAGUUGAAUUGAUUGGGUAUCAUGUUCCCAGUUCUCAAUCAGACCGCCGCAACCCACAUCCCGGUAUAAAGCG